UGAUUUGAUGACUUUGAUUUUUAAAAUCUGUUUUUUUUUUAUUUGGCUUAUUUAUAAAACCAUGGCUAUAAUCAUGAGAUAAUAUCAUGAUCAUGACCUUUGCUUUCUUAAACAAGAAGUAUAAUUGCUUUAAUUAAAGCAUUUUAUAUACCAUAAAAAUUGACUUUUGAAGUUGAAAAAAAUGUUUUUUUUGAUAUUCACAAUUUCUUUCACUUUUCUAUUAUCUGCUCAUGGAUUUUGGUGGCCAUUUUCAUCCCAUACUGACUCCUCUGAAUCUAUUUCUGAUACGAAUUCAGAUAGUAGCUCAAAAUCUGUAACUGCUGUAAGUACACUGUUUGCUCAUUUUGAAAUAUCUAAUGGUGAGCAAAAGUUUUUGGCUGAAGCAAAACAUUAUUUAGAAAAUUUGUCCAUGUUAGAUCAGUGCAAUUUAUUAAUUGUCAAUCGUUUGAAAAGUACUUGUAGUAAGUUGAGUGAAGAAGAUUUAUCAAAGCUUGGAGUGAAUCUUUUAAAUUGUCAAAGUGCUGUAGAGGGAAGGAAAGUAUUCCCUUGUAAUGAUGAUAUGAAACUUCUUGACUGCACAAAAGACAUGGAUUCAGACAUGUGGAACUCCUAUCAUAUUAUAAGUAACCGUGCACGUGCUAUAUGUCACAGUAUGAGACAAGCUGAGUUUCGCAUGAAGACUGAGCAGACAGUUAAUAAUAUGGCAGCUGCAACCUUAGAAAAUGUUAACAUUCUUCAAAGUCUUGCUAGUGGUCAAAAAAAGUUGCAAAUUACAACAGAGGAAUUUGUUGACCAGAUUUCUAUAAAUCACAAGCUUCUAGUUAGUAAGCAAAAUGAGUUUAAGAGAAAGCAAGACGAACUGGGAAAUGAAAUCAACUCCAACAUAGUUGCACUGACAAAAGAGAAACAAAUUAUUGCUCAUCGACAUCAACAAAUUGAAGAGUACACAGAAAGGAUCAAUGAGCAGCUAGAUGCUCUAGUUGAAGAAAUUAAAGCACAAGAUCUUGCUAAAAAAGAAAGUGAUAAAGAUAUUCUCAAAGAUCUUGACUUUGUUAAAUCGAAAGCAGAUGAGGUGCUUAAAAAACUAGAAAGUGUUUUUGUUGAUAUAGACCAUUAUCAGGAGAACUUUGAGGCUAAACAAAAUAAAACGCUUGAGAAUUUAGAAGAGAUUCAAGCUGCUAUUGGUUUUAUGAAUGAGGUGUUAAACAAACUGUGCACAUCUUUUAACAAUCAAGUUCCUUGGUUACAGACUAUGUUUGGUGGUACUAUUGACAAAUUAAAUUUGGUUACAGUGUUGUUUUCUCAUUGUGCGUUUUUUAUUUUUGCUAUCCUUACAGUGUUAUUCAUUGGAGUUCCAACUAUAACCAAAGUAUCAUUACUGCUAAUUGUUCCACUAAACUGUCUUGUUGCUGUGCAACAAAGGCAACACCUUUCAUUUCUCCAAAUGGCAUGGUUUUUAUUGUUUACUUUUCCAUUUGAUUAUGUCAUCAAAAAAAUAAAUUUUUGCACUCAUUCAAAAUCUCUAAUAAAAAAUGAAGAAAUAAACCAACCAGUUAAGGAUGCUUGUAAAUCUACAUAUGAUCAUGGUGAUGAUGUAAUGAAUAAUAAAAUACCUGUGUGUUGUCAUGGUGAUGAUAUAAUGAAUAAUAGCUGUUGUGCUCACACUUUUAUAGCUGCCAAAAGCAUUGUAUACAAUUCAGAAGCAAAUGUGUCAUUUCGUGAAGCUUUGAAAAAAUCACAAGAUGACUUUUGCAAUGGUUCUCAAACCACGCAGCAGGAAGCUUUUAUUCCAAUGGUGAAACCAAUGGACAAUUCAUUUGAAAUUUCAAAUAAUGAUUUGUUCAAAACUUUCAAAAAGCCGUUUGAUGAUUCGUUUGAUAUAUCACUAUCAAGUACAUCUUCACCACUGCGUCUAAGACAUGGUCAGACUAAAGCUAAUUCAUCAUUUUUAAAUAUUACAGCUGGUGGCUCACCUCGUUGCUGCAGUCUCACUAAAUCUGGAAUGCGAUGUAAAAAUGCUGCUGUUUUAAAUGAAGAUAAUUGUAGGCUUCAUUCCAAAUAAAUCCUGUUUUCAAUUUGGAAAAAUUAGAAGAAAAAGCUGUUGUUUAAAGAUUUCAAUAUUUAUUGCUGACAGUAAUUUUGGCUAUUUGGAAAAUAUAUUUUCAAUUUUUUAUUUAAGUAAAAAAAGUAUUUAUAUUUUAUAUUUAUUUAUAUUAGUAGUUAAAGCUAGUUGUACUCAAAAAAUACUUAAAUCUAAUUUUUGUAUAGAAAAUAAAUAUCUUAGAUUAUCAUACACAUAAUAUCAUACAUUAUCAUACACAUAAUAUCUUACAU